AUGGCUGUGGUGAGUCCUGUGCCUACAACUACACAAAGGAUGGGUUCUGAGAGGUCUUUUUCUGUUGAUGUUGGGGGAGAAAAUUUGGAGGAACCUAAUCCAAGUGUGGUUGAUCAGCCAAUCUAUGUUGCCGUGUCAAAAGAAUUGAAGGAGAGCAAAUCAAAUCUGGUAUGGGCAAUACAACACUCCGGAGGAAAGAGGAUUUGCAUUCUUUAUGUUCACGUUCCUGCUACAAUGAUCCCCCUAUUGGGAGGUAGAUUCCCAGUCAGUGCUCUAAAAGAGGAGCAGGUUCAGUCAUACUGGGAAGAGGAAAGGCAACGCAUGCAUAGGACUCUGGACGAAUAUCUACGUAUCUGUCUACGGAUGGGGGUGCGAGCAGAGAAACUGCAUAUUGAAAUGGAUAGCAUUGAAAGAGGAAUUUUAGAACUUGUGUCCCAGCAUGACAUCCGAAAGCUUGUUAUGGGGGCAGCAGCUGAUAAGUUCUAUAAUAGGAGAAUGAUGGACAUCAAAUCUAAGAAAGCCAUCUAUGUGUAUAAACAAGCUCCAGCUUCUUGUCAAAUACAGUUUGUCUGCAAAGGGCACCUCAUACACCAAAGGGAUCGCAGUUUGGAUGAAGGUAAUUCAGAGUUAGCGUCUCCUUUGGGGCAGCAAGUGCCAAAUUCCGUGAGAUCUUUAAGAUCUCAAUCUACUCUGGGGCAAGAUCGUCGAUCAAAUCUAACAAAUCCUGCCCUAGAUUUAUUACGCAGAGUAAGGUCUGCCAAUGAUAGACAUGGGGCGGGCUUUUUGCCUGCUUCUUCUCCAGAAGAGACUGAAGGGUUUUCAACUCCACGUGACAGGAUGGGUACAGAAGUAAGUUCAGAUGAAUCCGAUAGGUUGUCAAGGAUGAGUCCUUCUGCCUUAUCAACAUGCUCUGACAGUGCAGUUGAACUAGCAUUGACCCCAAGUUUGAUUACUGAAGGCAGUGAGCAUGCAUUGGAGUUGACUUUGAGUCGCCUACUGACAGAGGAUCUUCAUCAUUCAGCUCCUCCUAGUAUACUGGAUGGUGGGACGAAUGAUACUAUGUAUGACCAGCUUGAACAGGCUAUGGCUGAGGCUGAGAAUGCUAGGCAAAAUGCGUAUCAAGAAACGUUUAGGCGUAUGAAAGCUGAAAGAGAUGCCAUUGACUCUAUACGCAAGGCUAAAGCCUCUGAAAGCUUAUAUACGGAGGAGUUGAACAUGAGGAGAAUGGCAGAGGAAGAACUUAGAAAAGAAAAAGAAGAACUUGAGAAUAUGAAGAGCCUGAGAGACAAGGUUAAGGAAGAACUCCGCCUUGCCCUUGAUCAGAAAGCAUCCCUGGAGAAUCAAAUUGCAUCAUCUGAACUUAUGAUAAAGGAGUUGGAACAGAAGAUUUUAUCUGCUGUGGAUCUAUUACAAAGAUACAAGAAUGAACGAGAUGAAUUGCAGAUGCAGCGCGAUAAUGCAUUGAGAGAGGCUGAAGAGUUGAGGAAGAAACAAGGAGAGGCCUCAUGCACCCACGUCCCUCAAUUGUUCUCAGAAUUCUCUUUUUCAGAAAUUAAAGAUGCAACAGGUAAUUUCAAUCCAUCCACGAAGAUCGGAGAAGGUGGAUACGGAAGUAUAUUUAAAGGUAUCUUGCGUCACACUGAGGUGGCUAUAAAAAUGUUGCACUCUAACAGCAUGCAAGGGCCCUUGGAGUUUCAACAGGAGGUUGAUGUAUUGAGCAAGCUAAGGCAUCCAAAUCUUAUCACACUCAUAGGAGCCUGCCCAGAAUCAUGGACUCUUGUCUACGAGUAUUUACCCAACGGAAGCCUUGAAGACCGACUUGUCUGCAAGGAUAACACCCCUCCAUUAUCAUGGCAAACUCGAAUUCGCAUUGCUGCUGAACUAUGUUCUGCUCUCAUCUUUCUCCAUUCCAGUAAACCUCACAGCAUAGUGCAUGGUGACUUGAAACCCUCCAACAUUCUCCUUGAUGCAAACCUUAUUAGCAAGCUUAGUGACUUUGGAAUAUGUCGUAUAUUAUCCAACUGUGAGGGUUCUAGUAACAAUACUACAGAGUUUUGGAGAACCGACCCGAAGGGAACUUUUGUCUACAUGGAUCCUGAAUUCCUUGCCUCAGGGGAACUGACUCCAAAGUCUGAUGUAUAUUCAUUCGGAAUCAUAUUGUUGAGAUUGUUGACUGGGAAACCAGCCUUGGGAAUAACAAAGGAAGUGAAAUAUGCAUUAGAUACUGGAAAGUUGAUGUCCCUAUUGGACCCUUUGGCUGGAGACUGGCCAUUUGUGCAGGCUGAACAGUUGGCUCGCUUGGCUUUGAGGUGUUGUGAUAUGAGUCGAAAGAGCCGGCCGGAUCUUUAUUCAGAUGUCUGGAGAAUACUUGAUGCAAUGAGGGCUUCUUCUGGAGGCACAAACGCCUUUGGACUAAGUUCUGAAGGGCUUUCACAACCUCCUUCAUAUUUUCUUUGUCCAAUCUUCCAGGAAGUCAUGAGAGAUCCACAUGUAGCUGCAGAUGGUUUUACUUAUGAAGCUGAGGCUAUACGAGGAUGGCUUGAUGGUGGUCAUGACAAUUCACCAAUGACAAAUAGUAAGCUUGCACAUCACAAUCUUGUUCCUAAUCGUGCUCUUCGCUCUGCGAUCCAGGACUGGAAUCAAAAUCACUGAUUAAGCUCAUUAUUUAUCUCUGCUCAUUUUGAUUGAACUGUAUAUCUGCUUGUUUAUAACGUGUCUAGGAAAGAAAGUUGUCGUUUUAUUUUGUUACCUUCUAUCAGUUUUGUCUCUUGUGGUGUUCAUUAAUCACAUUUUAUACCUACCCUCUUGUAUAAGUUACAUAUCACGUGAUUAUCUUACAUAAGUUGUAAAGUACAUAUAUAUUAUAGCAUAUGUCAUAUCAGUUAUGUAUGAUUGAUUAUCUUUCAUUUUUGGUGAA